GUCCGCGUCUAAAGUACCGACAGGUUGGCUAGGUCAAGUCGAAGGUAUUGACGUUCCCACGGCCUCAUGCCCACCAGUGAAUUAUCGCAGGCUCUGAAUCCUUACUUUGCACAACCAAGGCCCAGGUCUUCAAACACCCAAAAUCAAUUCCAGUCUAUUCAGCCAAGCCAAGCACAUGAGCCACAUCAUAGCGAGCUUGAGGUUGCCAUCUCGGAGCCCCAGAGGCCGCCUGCGGCAUCGACAACACCGCCUCAGAAUCCUGCCGCUCGUCUUGCCAACGCAUCAUCCAGUGGCGCUCACCCCUUCCAAAUAGUUAUGAAUUAUUUAAAUUCAACACGGGAGUCGCAAGAGAUAGAACAGAAACGGAGACUCGCAUGGGAACAAGAACAAGAGGCCAAGUACACACUACGGCAGGCAGAAAUGGAACGCCGAAUGCUCGAAAUGCAGCAAGAGCUUGGUGCACUCAAAGCAAAGAUUGCUUUUGGGACCCCGAAAGCACAAGCGGCUUCACCCUCAGUACAGACGCCUUCCGAACAACACCAAACGCCAAUCACCUCGCCUGUGUUGUCCCAUUCUUCUACAACCGCGGGGAAACACACAUCCCCUGAUCCAGGGCAACCCACGCCACCUUCUGUUUUCCGUCACACGUCAGCAUCAUCUGACGCAGAACCCCCAGCAGGUACUCCUUCUGUUGACGACAUCGCAAGCCCAGCGCACGCUUCUCCUCCCCUCCUUUCUAGGCCAGCGCGGUUUAUCAAUGUUGAUCCCUCAUCCUCCCGGCAGGGGGGCCCAUCUAAUCCACGCAAGAGACCGACGCUUGGUUCCACGAGUGGUGAAGAUGACAGUGACGCCUCUGAGUAUUCAUUAGUAGAACGUCCUAUAAAACGGAAGAAUCAUCAUGACACUCGCUGUCUUACCAUCCAGCAUGCUAUGCGCAGCCAUCUUUUGCGUGUCAUGCAACUCGAGGACGACAAACACCUUCCUGACGGUCACAACGAAGGUAUUGUGCUGGGUCCCAGCGACCCUGUUCGUUUCGUCUGGGACAAGACACCUAAACAAUCUGUCCACAAUGGACGGAUGAAGGAGCGCGUACUACAUGACCUCAGAGCCCAUCGCCACCUGUACAAACAUGUUCCUGACAAGGACUUCAACAAAAAAUCUCUGGAAUCCGUUUUCGACCAGGCAUUCGUCACAUUCAGACAGAAGUUCAGGGCUCAACGAGACACCUCCGUCGCUAUUAACCAAAAACAGCGAGAAGAUGUCAAGGCAAUGCGAUCUAGAAGACUAAGCCGUAAGAAGACGAAACUGAGCAAUCGCUCGGACGCUCGGAAUAAAAUUGAAGCCUUUGAGCACGUCGUAUUUGACGGCGCACUACAAGUGGAAUGUAUGUCUUCCGAGGAAUCUGAAACCGAAGAGGAUCCGAUCAUCGGUUCCCGUAUGACUUUACGUGUUCGAGGGUUCCCUUGGCGCAGCAACCGGUUACUGCGUUUUUUCGAUAUACUGGACGAUUUUGACAAAGCAGACAACUCACAAAAGCCGCGGAGAGGCGUCGGAAGGAGAGAACGAUUCCAUGGUUUGCCGAAAGAAGGUGUUAUUCUCCCCCCUAAAGGCGUAGCCACUUGGAUGAUCAGCAAACGAUGGAUAAGUGUGAUGCAGGCGUCUCACUUGGAGGUGUUGAGUAGUUUGAAGGAUGUUGUUAUGGAUUCUGUCGGCUUUGAUUGGAGCCAGUUUCAUGCCCUAGGUGAGGAAAGCGAGGACGAGGGGAGACUCGACAUGGCACGCCACCAUGACAUGAUGAUCACACAUAACGGUUUACAUUUUACUCAUUCUGACGAUAGCACGACUAUCAGUGCUAUUUCUUCUCUGUAUAAUGCUCUAGUACAUACCCAAUAGGCUCUACUGUAUAUUGACUGGCUCGAAGUGAAUGUCAUG